AUGUUUGAGAUCUUCAAUGUACCUGCCAUGUACGUUGCCAUCCAGGCUGUUCUUUCUUUGUAUGCUAGUAGUCGUACUACAAGUAUUGUGCUAGAUUCUGGUGAUGGUAUUUUUCAUACUGUGCCAAUCUAUGAAGGAUAUGCCCUUCCACAUGUCAUUCUCCGUCUUGACCUUGCUGGUUGUGACCUCACUGAUGCUUUGAUAAAGAUCCUUACCGAGAGAGGUUACAUGUUCACCACCACUACUGAACGGGAAAUUGUCCGUGACGUGAAGGAAAAGCUUGCUUAUGUUUCCCUGGACUAUGAGCAGGAACUGGAGACUGCCAAGAGCAGCUCUUCUGUUGAGAAGAACUAUGAGAUGCCUGUGAGCCCGACUUUAGUGGCGUCCAGUGGGAAUUUUCCCUUCACUGCAUCAGACAUGCCAGGGAUGGGAGUAGAUACAUCAGCACUUGAUUUAGCCUUCACAACAGAUGUGGCAAGUUCAAUAGGAUUGCAGUUGGGACCUGAUACUGGAGCUGGGAAUUCUAGAGAUUCCCUUAGUUCACUCGAUCAGAUUUAGUGGAAUUUCAGUCUCACAGGUCUGACAGAAGAUUUGUCAAACUUGGGAGAUUUAGGAGCCCUCGGAAACUACCCUGGCUCUCAUUUUCUUCCUUCAGAUUCAGAAAUGUUGCUUGAUUCUUCGGAGCAAGAGGAUAUAGUGGAGGAAUUUUUUUUUUGAUUCUGUCCCUGGACAACCAUGCCCCCAUAUGAUGAAGAAAAAUCCUAGGCCAAGGUGAGUGAAUCUUCUUGAAGUUGUUAGGACGGGUUAGAGUUAGAUCAAUAAGAGCAGGCAUUUGACGUCUAUUCGGUAGGGGCAUUUUGUUAACAAAUUCCAGCAUCUUGGCAGUGUAAUUUUAGCUUCAUCAACCAAAUAGCGAUUAG